AUGAAAAAAGUAUCAUACGAAACAAACAACAAAGAUCAAAACUUUGAUUUAAGUGAUCAUUAUUAUAGGCUAUCAGCAAAGAAGAGUGUCAUAGAUAAUAUUUCUUGUAUCUCAUUUUUAUCAGAAAGUUUUUUGGUCUGUGGAGAUGAUCAAGGCUAGCUCUAGAUUUUCUAAACUAAAUCUUUAAAUAAGGUAGCUAGUUAAAAAGUUUUUGAUCAUACUUUAGAUAAAAUCCACGGACCUUUUGGAGAUGGAUUCUUCUUUCUUUAAUCUUAAUUUUCUAACUUAAUAAAGUUAGUUCAUUUAAAUUUUCAAACUUUUGCUCAUUUGAAAAACAUCCAAGAAAACUAAAUUCAUAUUAAUGUCAUUUCUGCAUAUAAGUUUGAUGGCGCGAUUUAACUAUUUUAGAAAAUAUCUGAUAGCUAAUUUGUGAUAAGUUUUAAAUGUGGAUAGCUAAAAUUUUUUGACUUCAACACUGACUCAAAUAACUCACAAGAAAGCAUAAAUUAUGGAGCUUUCCAAAAUAACUUAAGUUAAAGCAAUUUAAAGGCAAGUAGAAUUAAGGAAGAACUCUAUAACAGCGAUGAAUACAUUUUGAUUUAUCAAAAUUAUUAAAACUAUUAAAAAGAAAAUAAAUUCUUUCAAGAAACAAGCUAAUUUAGAUUCAAUUCUGCAAUAACUCAUGUUUCUAGAAUAAAUACAGAGCUAAUAGUAUGCUGUUCAGCUAAAGAGUUAGCCAUAGUUAAUAAUAAUUAAAUAUUACAUACUUGUAAACACAAUUUUGAACAUUUAGGUUUUAUAAUUCCUUUCAAUAAAGAUUCUUUUAUAAUUGGUAGUUAGAGAGGUUAUUUGCAGCUUGUUUUUUAUAAUAAAUGCAAAUAAUCUCUUUAGCAGAUUAUGAAUUAUAAUCUACCUAAUGCAAACAUAGUCACUUCAUUAAAUAAAUAUGGAAGUAGAUCUAUUAUUUACUCUUCAGAAAAAGGUGCUUAUAUCCAUGAUUUAAUGAGCCAUUAAACCAUCUGCUUGCACUCAAAUUUUUCAACUGCUACGGCCUUUCAAUUUAAUUUAGAUUCAUACGAUAAAAAUAUUGUAAUAGCAGAUAAACUUUCUAGCCUUCACCUUUUUUCAUCAAGCAAAGAUAGUAAAAUUAGCGCUUGA